UGUUCGGUGGUGAUGUUCAUUUUUACUGCAUUCUAAUUUUCUUCCUUGCCGUUUCAUUACCCGUGUAGCGCAAUAAAUGCCAUGCUGCUGAUAGUCGCAGCUGUUUAUCAGUUUUUUUUUAAGUUUUAAACUCGGAGUCUUGGCGGAAAGGAGAGGAUUUGGUUUUAUUUAAGAAUCUAGAUCAGCGAUCAUGAAUGAGCAAGAGAGUGGUGUGGUUUCCUUUGAUGAGUACGUGCGUCAAAAGGCCCCCACGGUGCCCCAGCACAGGAUGAAGGAGUUCCUGGAGUCUCUUGCCAAAGGUUCAGAGAUGCUGCAGGAGUUCAGCCAACAGGGUGGAACCACUACAGCCAUGGUGUACCAGCAGCAGGACACCAACUGUGUUUACACCGACAGCACCGAGGUGGCUGGAUCACUUUUGGAAUUGGCUUGCCCGGUGACCUCAGCAGAAGUUUCUCCUCAGUUGUCAGUACAGCAAGAGUCUGAACAGCCACUGCAAGUGCAGGUUGAGAUCCAGGGACAACAGGGUCAAACUAUUGGCCAGGUGCUCCGGGUUGCCACUCAACAGGAUCUCCAGGCUUUGUCAACAGCCCAGCUUGUUCAUGGAGAAGAGCUCACAGAGGAGCAACAACAGCAGCUUCAGGCACAGUUGGUAGCAGCUGUAGCUGGUGGACAACAAAUUCAGUUGCCAAGUGGCCAACAGAUACAGCUGCAUGGAGCACAACAGGUUCAGCUUCCAGGGGGCCAGCAUAUUCAACUUCAAGCUGGCCAACAGAUUCAUUUACAAGCUGGCCAACAAAUUCAGCUACAAGGAGGUCAACAGAUACAGAUCCAGACUAUAGAGGCUAUGUCUCCAACACAAGAGGACUCUCAGAGAGAAGCAGGGUGGUCUGGCAUUCUCUCCACUGUUAUUCAGCCUGCAAAGAAGCGCAAAGUGGAUGUCCCCCUUGCCGUAUCUUAUGCUGUUACACAGGGCCAGCAGGUGGCCACUGUCCUUGCAAUACCUGAAGGACAGCAGCAAAGUUAUGUAUCCCUACGGCCAGAUUUACUCACUGUUGACAGUUCCCAACUGUACAGCACUACAGGAACAAUCACAGGUCCCACAGGUGAGACUUGGACCAUCCCUGUAUACUCUACUCCACAACAGCAAGGUGUAGCUCAAAUUACAAUCCCACAGGAGUCAUACAGCGCAGUUCAAGUUGCUACCACUAAAUCUAAGGACACAAUACCCCCAGGUUCUUCAGCAGGUUCUACAAAUGUUCAGUCAACGUCUUCUGGUACACAAGAAGAAAUAGUACAGACCCUUUUCCCUGCGCAGUUUAUGAACGGGAACCUUCACAUCCCUGUGGCAGUGCAGACAGCAGGAGGGACGUAUAACGCUACACAGUCAAUUCACAUAUUGGAUGCACCUCAACCACAGUGUGAAGGAGAGACAGAAGAACAGCAUCUCAAGCUGCAGGGUCCAGUGGAGGCAGAAGCUGAUGCUGUGCCUACUACAGAGAUUUUGGUUCCCCCAUGUCUAAAGCCAGAGGAAGGUCUCAACGUGUGGCGUCUUUGGGCCAAGCGAAAAAACACAGAGCUGAGCAAGCAAGAAACAACAAGGCUAGCGCCUAUAGGACGUCGGCAGUCUCUGCGUUUUCAAGAAGAUUUGGUUUCCAGUGCAGUUGCUGAGCUAAACUUGGGUCUAUCCCUGAUGGUACAGGAGGCUCGAGGAUCAGAUGAAGAAGAGUUUUCACCUGAUCUUCUAUAUUAUAUAUUUUUGUGCAUACAAAAGUAUCUCUUUGAAAAUGGACGUGUGGAUGAUAUCUUCUCUGACCAAUAUUACACACGCUUCUGUGAGAGUUUAUACAAAAUUCUUGAAGGAUGGAAACCCAGUGUUCAUCCUUUGGGGUACGUCAUUCCAAGUCAUGUGACAGAAGAGAUGUUAUGGGAGUGUAAACAGCUUGGUGCUCAUUCACCUUCCACAUUGCUCACGACUCUAAUGUACUUCAACACAAAGUAUUUCCAUCUGAUAACACCCGAGCAGCAUAUGAAAGUAGCAUUCUCCAAGGUCCUAAGAAACUGCAAAAAGAACCUCUCCUCCACAAAGGAAAAAACAACUAGUAUCCGCCUUCUUAAACCACAAAUUCCCCAAAGUGCAGUGCAGAAAGGAACUGUCAACAUUUUUGAAGAGCAGGUCGAAGAUCCAGAGAAUCCUCUUCGUUGUCCCAUUAAGCUUUAUGACUUUUAUCUCUUCAAAUGUCCUCAAGGUGUUAAAGGACGCAAUGAUGCAUACUACAUGACACCGGAGCCUGUUGUUGCACCAAGCAGCCCAAUGUGGUACUCAUCUCAGCCCAUUACAAGUCAGCAAGUAAAGCACAUGCUGGCACGCCUCAUUGUGGUACAAGAGAUCCAAGAUAUCAUUAGAGCUGGACAAGAGAACACAACCUAGGAAGAAUGACUUUUAAGUUGAUCUCCAAUCACUGGUUUCUGAGUAUGCAGUCUCAAUCCUGGCACCAGAUCUCAGACUGUCUCAAAGGGAAAGCAAAACUCUUGAAGCAGGUCAUUUUUUGUUUCAAGGAACUUCUUGUCACUUUUUAAUGUUUUGAAGAUUUUCUGAUGGACUGUUUCUUCUCUUGACCACAUUCGGAAGCCACUGCCUCAGAUACUGGGGCAGUAAUCAGAUCUACUGUCUUCUGAUACAGAUGCUCAGGUGGGCAACCAUGUCUACUCAACAUACAUGGAUUCUUAAAUAAUUCCAUUUUUGUCCCAAGACAGCUAUUUCUGUUCAGGUCCAACUGUGACAGUGGUCCUCAACUUCCACCUAACGUGAACAUUUACCAUCCGCAAGCCAAUUAUCUCAUUCAUGUGUGCAGCCAAUCACGUACUAAGACACCUGAGUGAGCUAACUGGUUUGUGCCAGAGCAGGGCGAAAUUCAAAAUGUGUAGGUCAGGUGGUACUCGAGGACUGAUUUGAGAAUCACUGCACCAUGAUAUUACAUCUUAAGUGACAACUGCUCACACAAUUUUUAUUUGUAUAAUUUCUGACACUAUGUACUAAAACUGUUCAGCGCCAAAGAAUGUGCCUGUUUUCAUAAAAUAAUUUAUGGAUGUGCAUUUCUUAAAAUCUGUUUAACAUCAUAUUUACCAGGUUAAGUAGUGUAUAUUAUUAUGAGAGUGGAAACUUUUCUCGGGUUAAAAGGUAGUGAUUCACAUCUAAAAAAUUUUUUCUCCCUGUAUGUGUAAGUUGUUAAACAUAAAUAUAGAAAAAUCUUUGUAACUAGAUUGAUUAUAUCCUGAGUUGUUUCACGCAAAUCAAAGAUAAAACUAAUUCAUCUCUGUUAAG